UUCUAGCACUUGUGUUGUCUUUAAAUGUCCACUGGCAUUGUUCUGAUCUCAUUCCUUCCUUUCAGGUGCGUUGGAUGACUUCGACAAGACAUCGGCUCCUCCUGCCCCUGAACCUGCAGCUGCUUCCUCCUCAGCUAACAGUGGGGCAGAGAAGCCACCUCUGCUUGAAGACUGCAAACUCUUUGAGACUCUCUUCGAGGGGGACAUGGCUACCCAAGCUAAGGAGGAAUGGGAGAAGGCCAUGACUGAGCUGGCUCAGGAGGAGCCAGAAUUACUGCAGCACUUCCAAAAACUGUCAGAGGCUGCAGGCAAAGUCGGCACGGACACCGCCUCCCAACAAGAAUUCACCUCAUGUCUUAAAGAAACCCUCCGGGGCCUGGCUAAAAAUGCAGACAACCUGCAGUCCACAGGACUAGCUGGAGACGACCUUGUCAAGGCUCUAGAAGGCCUGGGAUUGGAAGAGGGCGGCGAAGGGGGCGGUGGUAGCGAUGAUGGAAACAUCCUGCCCAUCAUGCAGUCCAUCAUGCAGAACCUUCUCUCUAAGGAAGUGCUUUAUCCGUCUCUCAAAGAGAUCACUGCUAAGUACCCGGAAUGGUUGGAUGCCAACAAGCCGAGCCUCAGCCAGGAGGACUACCAGCGCUAUGAACAGCAGGCCAAAAUUAUGGGAGAGAUCUGUAAGCACUUUGAGAGGGAGGAACAGGGGGCAGAAGAUAAAGACAGCACGUUCGAGAGCAUCAUGGACCUGAUGCAAAAGCUGCAAGACCUUGGCCAACCACCCAAAGAGCUAGCAGGUGAUGCGCCUCCAGGCUUUAACUUUGACAUAGAGUCCCUCAACCUCCCAGGAGGCCCCGGUGCCGGGGCGGCAGAGCAGUGCUCCAUCAUGUGAUAAAGUAGCAGUGCGGUCCAUCAGAAGCACUGCAGCCAGAGGGGUCUCUCUCUCUGUGUGUGUGCAUCAGCGAGAGGCAGGGAGUGAAGGAGUGUGAAGCAAAGGUCAGACAGGAGGGGGACCGGACCGCCAACACUGUUCUCCGUCAGGUAGAAGGUGUGUGUGGAUGCAGAAACAACAGAAGGAGGCACGAAAACCAACAGGAACCACACAUGUGACACUCUCUUCUGUCUAAAAUCACCAAACGCACGACUGAGAACAUUUGAACAUCUCUGCAUUGCUUCGUCAACGGUUCCCAUAGCUCCUUCACAGUUUAGUUUUAUCAGCAUUCCUUUAAAAAAGAAAAUACCACUGCCGUUCUCCAUGUUGUUUUCACAACGCUGUUUAGCCUCAUGGUAAAACCUAUCCAACCACUUCACGGGUAUAAACAGUGCCUUUUUGCAAAAAUUACUUUUAAGUUAUUAUUUUAGACCUUCUCACAAGGUAAAGAUUUUUCGUUCAGCUAAGCACUUACGGUUAUAGUUUUAAAACGGUGUGAAUUUGCAAUAUCAUCCCCGGUUUGCACCAAGUUAGUGAUCAUUAUUUGGGACUUUAUUAACACACACGUCUCUGGCUGUGCAGGAUUUACAUUAACGAGUUAACUGCCUAUUAACGUAAGGAAACUGGAAAAAAAAAGAGUGUACAUUUGUUAAUUAUUUAAAGAAUUAAAAAGACUAGAGAGGAUUGAUUGAACACUUUAUGAGAAGUUCCCAGCACCUACUGUAAUUCAGCCAGCUAAUUUAACACGACUAAUUCCCCCGAGUGUUGCCCCCCCCCCCUACUUUACCAGGUGUUUAUUUGAAGUGAUUGAGAUGUUGAUUCCCGGAUGCCUUUGCUGUGGUUACAGUGAUCAUUAUAGUGUAGAGUUACUGUGCAAAGUGCUUCCCCUGUGAUUCCCAGUGUUUUGUAAUGUGCAGAGUGAUGCUUUCUUUUGGUACGGGGAGUCCCUUUGCUAGGAAAGAAAAAACACUUUCGCGAGUGAUAACAUGUAUGUAUAUCCUGUACCCGCCAUUAAAAGUACAUUAUGUUCUCUCCGGAAUAAGGUGAAGGGAAGAGUGCUAAACAUCACAUGUUUAAGCGAGAGACAAAACAUGUCUAUAAAUCACGCAGAUGCACUGUAGAGUGAGACGUCAACAGCCUGAUGUUGGCACAUUUUGGCUGUGGUUGGUGGGUUUGUUUAUUCCAGCGGAUACUGUUCGCCCGCUGCUAUUGCCAGCUGACAAAUUUUACCACUGUGACCACGGAGAGAGGUCUAGAAGUCACACGACCAUCAGCUCAUCAAUAACUGUAUAAUAAAGGGGUGCUGUGAAAGGAUUCAGUCAGCCGUGCACUGAAAAGAGAUCAGAUUUACUCCAAACACAGCUGAGGGGAGGCUGCCGUAGAGGCCCAUUGAGGCCUGUGGUUUUCAUCCAGAUGGGGAGGGGUUGGGUUCAAUCUAUUCAACUCUCAGGGCCGAUGUCAACAUGCCCAGAGCACCGUUAAAAAAAAAUGCAACCAGUGAUUUGACACUAUUUUGUUUUGUUUUUGUAAAUAUAUGAAAUAAAAUAAUGAUAUAAUGCA